CUUCAUUUCUUCUGUGACUCAUUCUGCAAUGAACUUUAACAAUCAAUCCACAAACACUUAUGUCACUGGCGUAGGAAGAGGAUCCAGAGGUGAUUUUCUCAACCCUAACAAGACAUUUAUUCCUGGAAGAGGGCGCGGUCGUGGAGGAGAGUUUCAUGGGCGUGGCGAAUUCCAUGGAAAUUUCAAUAACAGAUCACAUAACAGUAAUAGAUCUUUUAAUAACAACAAUUUUAACAAUCAAAAGCCAUUCGAUCGCAAUUUACCUGCCAACUUUGACCGGCGCCUGGACAGCAGCUUAAGAGAGAUGAGCAAUGCAGCCCCCAAGAACAACUUCAAAAAUACCAAGCACAACAAGAACAUGUACAACCCUAACUAUCAAAGACAAUUUAACCAAAAGCAUACAGAGAAAAACAACACUUUUAUUCCUCAGCAAAGCUUAAACAACAAUGCAUUAACAGCCGACAGCAACAAUGCUAACAGAAAUGUAAGCAUACCACCAGUCGCAAAUGCCUCUCUUGAAGUUAAAGAAGAACGUUCCUCUUUCCAAAAUACCAGCAAGGGCAAAGGACCCUCUCCAUUCCCACCAAAGCCUACUGGAAUGCCCCAAUCCUGGAACAAAGCGCCCAAGAACAACACCCCUUUACCAUGGAACAGAACACCUAGGAAUGAUGUGCUACCGCAAAGAAACAAUACCCCAAUGAAGCAAGCAACCCCUGCAGACAGCGCUACUCGUGAAAUAACAGCUGCUGAUAGAGCUGCUCGUUUCAGCAGUACUUCAAAGAGCGAACUCUACACACAGGCAAGUAUGAAACAAGAACGUGUUCAAGAAAGAGCUCAGGCGAUCAAGGAUGGCCUUUUACCUGAUCCUAAUGUCCCACGUCGUCUAGAAGACGCUAUUGACUUCGUUGGCACCUGCCAAACAAAAUGCCCAGAGUUUGAAAUAGUUGAAAGAAAUCUUCAAAAUGGUCUUGACAAGCUCGAACUUGAUGAAUAUGGUAAUGUUGAUCGCGACAGAGUAGUUAAAGCCUACAGAAGAUCUGCAGCAGGAAACGAUCAGCCACUUCCAAGUGAUGUGAGAUGUCCUGAGGCAUUAGUUUCUACACUUGACUACCUAAUUGAUGAGAUAUUGUCAAAGAAUCCUCUAGAAAAAUGUCAUGCUUUCAUUCGCGACCGCACAAGGUCAAUUCGUCAAGACUUUACCUUGCAAAACAUCCGCAAUGAAGUCGCUGUUGAAGUCCAUGAGCGCAUUGCCAGAUUUCAUAUCCUGUGUUUGCAUGAGAUGCGUGGCCUGGAUGAAAGCAAGUUUAGUGAGCAGCAAGAAGUAGAACAACUCCGAAAAGUUUUGUUAAGUCUUAUGGAGUUCUAUGAAGAUUUACGUGAAGAAGACAUCGAAACGCCCAAUGAAGCAGAAUUCCGAGCCUACUAUAUCUUGACUCACAUCAGAGACAAAGAUAUUGGAAGACAAAUGAUGGCUCAACCAAUGCAUAUCUUUGAUCACUCGUAUGUACAAAGAGCGCUGAAAUUCCAUGCUUUUGCCCAACGAAGCAAUGAAAUCAUGGAGACAUCAUCAAGAAGAAACAAGCCAGAAAAUGCCUUUGGUAGCCAAAAUAACUAUCAAGCUUUGUUCAACUUAAUCACAGACCCGCAAACGCCUUUCCUCAUGGCAUGUUUACUAGAAUCGCAUUUCCCAGAGAUACGUAAAGGCGCCUUGAAGGCUAUGAAUGUCUCUUAUAUGCUAAGAGCCGGUGGUGUUGAAGCUGAACAUGUCCAGCAAGCAUUGGGCUAUGAUACCUUGAAGCAAUGCAUACAGGAAGCUUUACAUUAUGGCAUGCAAGUUGAUAUGUCCCAGGGACAACCUACAAUUAUUUUUGGGCAAAAGCAUCCUCAAACUAAAACGCCUAUCUUCUUGGAGCCUCUAUCAUACCCACCACAACAAAAGUCUAUGACGCUAGUUGAGCCAAAGAAGGAAGGCAAGACGUUCGCUGACAUUGUAAAUGGACCUAAAAAUGCUGAUAUUCCUGACACAAUUCCUAUUCCAGCCACUACCGCUCCCUUGUAUUAUGAUCAAGAAGAUGAGAUGGCUGUUUUCCAUCAUGAUUCCAUUCAUCCCACUGCUAACGAUAUGGAGAUGAAUGAUGCAGAAGUUGCUACACAAAUGGAAGAGGAUGACAGCAUGCAUUAUAAUGCAAACAUUCAAGAUUUGUCAAAUGAGCCCGUGAUUUACACUUCCAAUGCUAAAAUGCAGCUUGGCAAAAAGCGCAAAAGUGAAUCAGAGGCUUCUGAAGAUCUCGUAGCUGCAAGAAAGAAAAAAAUGGAAAUGCUGAUAGAGGUCAAGCGAAAGGCGGACGAAGCCGAAGCAAUGGCAGCAGCUGAACGAAGAAAAUUAGAAGCUUUGAUGGAACAAAAGAAAAGAGAGGUCAUAGAGAAAGAGAAGAUACGUCUUCAAGAAGAAGCUGCCGAAAGAGAAAGACUUGCCGCAGAGAAGCUUGCCCAAGAAAAGCUUCGACAAGAAGCUGAGGAACGUGAACGGGCACGACUGGCAGAAUUGGCAGAACUGGAGGCCGAAAGGUUGAGGUUGCUGGAAUUGCAGCGACAGAAGGAAGAAGAAAUAAGGCAAAGACGGAAGGAAGCAAAGAAAAAAUUAGUAGUCAUGAUUGCUGAGGACUGUGUCAAGGUUGCUAUCAGGGAGGCAGUACGAAAGGAAACAAAUAAGAUAGUUAAGUUGAGAACCAUGCUGAAGAAAAGAACAAGACCAUGGAUGGAUAAAAUGCGAAGAAAGGUUGCCGAAAAAGAAAAGAAAGCCGGUCUUUUGAAAAGCAAGCAACUAUUCUAUAGCAAGAUUUUUUCAAGCAACCCUUACUACUCGCUUAUCGAUGUAACCUCGAUGGAUUUUGAAUACAGUAAUGAGAACAUCGCUAAAAGAGUAAAGCAAUGCGUUGUGGCGGAUAAGGUUAUUGAAGAAUGCGAAGACGCAAACUCUUCACCAGAAGCCAUCUGGGGAACAGAAGACUUUGGACUGAACAUAUACGGCCGUACCUGGACCAAAGUGGACGAUUUCUUACGAAAGCAUCCAAAUUUCAAUCAGAAGAUCAACUGGCAACUUGUGAUCAGCGUUGAAGAUACUAACUUGGAGUCUUCAGCAUGGUAUCAAAGAAAGUUUGGACUUGACGGCGACUUUCUGAGAAAAACAAUCAACUAUUCUCAUCAUGAUGUUACGCUGCGAAUGGUUUCACCCAGGAUGGAUCCCAUAAGCAGAAUUGUCGCUAGCGAAAUGGGCGGCCUUAUCUUUGCUCUUCCUGAAGCUAAUUGGAAUAACUCUGAAGAAGACACGGAGUCAUACUGGAGCGCGUGUGCGGCAAGGCUUGAAGCAGUUGUGAAGCAAAUCGAAGAGCACAACCCAACAGCCAGAUUCCCCAUACUGAUAUGUUAUUUUCCUGUCGGCGAAGAUGCGGCAGCUACGUUGCAAAGAAUACCCUUGGCUUUGGGCCUUGAGCGAUAUCAUGCGAUCACAGACUAUAGAUUCUUAAUAAUGAAGCCUGAUACCAUUGCAAAACGAAUAGUUGAGGAGGUUAACUGGGUUGCAAGAUCUUCGCAGAUUAACCAACCAGUUUAACUUAUAAAGUAAUAAAUAAAGUUCUUUGUUUAUGAAUAAAUACAAUCAUGUUAAAUAAUG